CUUCCUUCACUUCUACUCAUUUUAGAGUUCAUAUUGUAAUCAUUCCACCUCUCUCCCAUCAUUAGCCAAAACUUUAAAGUAACUUCACCAAAUUGGAGUUGAAAUCUUGGAAGGAAUUUUUGUGGGUUUGGAGAGAGAGGGAGUGAAAUGGCAAUAGGAAGAUUAGGGCCCCAAGUGAAGCGCUCUUAUCAGUCAUAUGGUUUCUUUGUGAAGCUGUCUGCAACUGUGGUAUUGGGUCUCUGCUUUGUAAUUGUAUGGUCUUUGUUUUCCAAUUAUUCCGUCACUUCUCAAAGGGAGACUUUUGAUGAUAUUGCUGAGCCGGUUUCUGCAAGUAAUUCCCAACUUCACUCUGAUAAAAUAGUACCCAAAAUGGAAAAAAAAGAAAGUGGGGAGCAGAGAUUUAAGUCUGGAUUGGUUUUGGGUGAUAAAGACAAGAAAAUCAGUAAUGGGUCCGUCCCGUUGAACCUGGUGAAGAAGCCGGAAAAUGGUGGUGGUGGUGGGGAUGCGAAGCUGUCGGAAAAGGAUGAUGAAAACAAGACCCGAGAAGGUGAAGGAUCUGAGGUGGAGGAGGAGGAGGAGGUGAUUGGGGAGAAGGGUGGUAACGAAGGUAGUGAUGGGGAGGGUGAUGCCAAUGCCAAUGCCAAUGAUUCUGUGGAGGAAGAUGCUAAUUUCAUCAAUGCAGAGGACUUGGAUCAGGAAGCCCGUGAGGAGGAAAAUGGAGGUUCGCGGAGGGUGAAUAGGAAGGCAUCAGGUCCUGUGUUUGAUCCUAAGAAACGGUACACAUGGAAGUUAUGCAACACGAGGAGCAAGCAUAACUACAUUCCUUGUAUCGACAUUGAAAGUGCCACGGGGAGGUUGCAGAGUUAUAGGCAUCGUGAGAGGAGUUGUCCGAGAUCAGCUGUAAUGUGUCUCGUCCCCCUCCCUCGUGAUGGCUAUAGGACUCCGGUGAGGUGGCCUGAGAGCAAAGGGAAGAUAUUGUAUAAAAACGUGGAACAUCCAAAAUUAGCUGCAUAUAUUAAGACACACGAUUGGUUGGUAGAAUCUGGAGAUUAUCUCACUUUCCCGCAGAACCAGUCUGUAUUCAAGGGUGGAGUUCAGCAUUAUCUAGAUUCGAUAGAAGAGAUGGUGCCAGACAUUGAAUUGGGGAAAAACAUUCGCAUUGUGCUAGAUAUGGGAUGUAAAGAUUCGAGCUUUACGGCUUCUCUACUUGAGAAGGGUGUUUUGGCUCUUACACUUGGCUUGAAAGAUGACUUAGUGGACCUAGCACAAGUUGCUCUCGAGCGUGGUUUCCCCGCUGUUGUUAGCCCUCUUGAAAAUCGAAGACUUCCAUUUCCUAGUGGAGUCUUUGAUGCAAUUCAUUGUGGCGAAUGCAGUAUCUCUUGGCAUUCAAAUGGUGCGACCAAGAUUAUCUUGGAGAUGAAUAGGAUAUUAAGGCCUGGAGGGUAUUUCAUUUUGUCAACUAAGCAUGGCAGUAUCGAAGCUGAAGAAGCUUUGUCCACAUUGACGUCAUCAAUUUGUUGGAACAUCCUGGCUGAUAAAACUGAUGAACUCAGUGACAUAGGCAUGAAAAUAUAUCAAAAGCCAGAAGAAAAUAAUAUUUAUGAAUUGAGACGAAAGAAAGUUCCACCUCUAUGCAAGGAAAACGAGAACCCAGAUUUUGCAUGGUAUGCUCCAUUAAAAACUUGCCUCCACACCGUUCCUGAAGCCAUUGAACAACAUGGGGCUGAGUGGCCCGCGGAAUGGCCAAAGAGGCUUCAUACAUUUCCUGAAUGGAUGAACAACAGAGAGAAGUUAGCUGCUGACAGCGAGCACUGGAAAUCUAUAGUGAACAAAUCAUAUCUAGUUGGAAUGGAUAUCGAUUGGUCAACCAUCAGAAACAUAUUGGACAUGAAAGCCAUAAGUGGAGGAUUUGCAGCUGCACUUUCGGACCAGAAUGUGUGGGUUAUGAAUGUGGUUCCUGUACAUGCACCAGAUACACUUCCCAUCAUUUUUGAGCGUGGGCUUCUUGGUGUGUACCACGACUGGUGUGAAUCUUUUGGUUCUUAUCCUCGAUCUUAUGACCUCCUGCAUGCGGAUCAUCUCUUCUCAAGGCUUAAGAACAGAUGCAAGCAGGCCGUAGUGAUUAUUGUUGAGAUGGACCGGCUUCUAAGGCCAGGUGGUUGGGUAAUCAUCCGUGACAAAGUAGAAAUUCUCAACCCUCUCGAAGAAAUUCUAAGAGGCCUGCACUGGGAGAUCCGGAUGACUUUUGCACAAGACCGGGAGGGCAUCCUGACUGCCCAGAAGACCACGUGGCGGCCUUGAUAUCAUGCACAUUGUACAUCAUAGAGUCCUUCACAGGUUCCUUUCUUGUUGAAGAGCAUUUGAGCUUUACCGUGCCCAACAAUUUUGAGCCAGGCGGAACUGUGAGUCUUUCCUCGUCAUUGUAUUUCUUGUUUAGAUUUUAAGCAGACGGAGAACCCCUCUUCUGAGAUUGGAUACCAAGCCCAGAGCGACGACCACUUUACUGAGAGGUGAGAUGAAUUUUGUACAGCAGGAUUUGUGUAUCUAUUUCAUUCAUGAAUGCAGACAGCUUGGUUCAUUCUUUGUUGUUGUUACCUGAUUAUUUGCAGUUCAUGUAAGUGCUCACUACUGAGGUAAUAUUUUGUGGAAUUAGAUGGAUUGUUUGUGACUA